AUGGCCUGUGCGCAGGCAGCGGUAUCCUGCGCCUUCCUGCUGCUGGUCCUCGCCCCUUCGUGCCAUUGCGAUUGCGCGCCGCGGGACGUCGCCAUCGACGGGUACUCGGUCUCGUUCAGCAGCGUCCUCUUGUUACAGGCAGCGCUGAGAUUCGAGAAGGUCGAGAACGUGUCCGCGCGUGCCGCCGGCGGCGGUGGCGGCGCUCCCGCCGGUGGCAACCUGACCGCGGAAGCCUCGGGGCGCAGGCAUCCAGAGAUUCCGCAGCAGAACGCAGCGUACUCGACCGCCCACCAGUUGGUCAAGCAUCGGCUGGAGGCCGCGCGGGCCCGCCUGGCGGAGGCGCGGCGCCCCGCGGGCGCGGCGCAGGCGCCGCACGGGCCGCUGCAGGCCCUGCAGCUGGCGGGGGAGCCGAGUGAUGCGCCAGGCGCGCGGCUGCCGCUCCUGUGGCUCGGCGGACCCUACGGCAGCGGGGACGCCACGCCCUUCGCGGCGGCGCUGGGCUACCACCUCGCCUUGCUGGUGGCAGUGUGCAUCGUCGGCUGCUGCUGGCGAGAGGAUGGUCGUCUUCAUCAGGAGGUCGCCAAGCAGGAGCUCUCAGCCAGCUGA